CGCAUGCGCCUUGCAACGAAUUCAGCGCGGGUCUACACAAGAAGGAUAACAACUGCUAACCGCCGCUGACGGCCCUGUCUAGCAGAGUUUAUAACGUUUACAUUUGUUUUUAAUACGUUAUUUACGCGGUGCCAGCAUGUGGAAUCAGGGAGGAUACAGUGAGACCGCAAUGGUGGGGGGUUACACUCAGUCUCCUGGGGGCUUUGCCUCUCCUACCGCAUCCCAGGGAGGAGAGAAAAAAGGGAGGACCCGAGCUACACAAAUAAUCCCCUGCACGGUGUCCCAGCUGAUGUCCGCCACACAGGUUGAAGAGGCCUUCAAAGUGGGAGAUGUGGAAGUGACGCAGGUCACCAUUGUGGGCAUCAUAAGAAGCACAGACAAAUCUAUGACCAACAUCCAGUACAAGGUGGACGACAUGACUGGUGCGCCUAUGGACGUGAAGCAGUGGGUCGACACUGAGGACCCGAGUAUGGACACCACGGUGUUGCCCCCAGGAACCUAUGUCAAAGUGUCUGGAAAUCUGCGCUCCUUUCAGAAUCACAGGUCUGUUGUCGCAUUCAGCGUCAGGCCCCUGGAGGACAUGAACGAAAUCACCUCGCACAUUCUGGAGGUUGUCCAUGCGCACAUGGCGCUCAGCAAACCUCAAACCAUGCCGGGUCUCGGAGGAGGAGUGGGCGCCAACAACACACUAAUGCCGCACCAAGGUCCGGGGAUCACUGGGGGGAGCUAUGCAGGCGCCGGUGGGAACCACAUGAUGGCCGUUAACGGGUUAAGUGCGAGUCAAAACCAGGUGUUGAGUUUGAUAAAAGGCUGUCCGGACCAGCAGGGUAUCAGCCUCCAGGAUCUGAAGCAAAGGCUGAGUGGCAUAAGUCUCGCAGUGAUCAAGCAAGCGGUGGAAUUCCUGAGCAACGAAGGCCACAUCUUCUCAACCAUAGACGAGGAUCACUUCAAAUCCACCGACAGUGAAGACUAGCCCGCCUCGUCUUCGCAGCACUCGUGGCGUUCCGUAUUUGAACUUAAGCUGUCAGCGUUGUUGGUAAAUAGUUUAAUUGAAAGCUGUGAGCAGCUGAUCUCUUUGUCACCGAAGAACUAAGUGGGAUCCUGUCAUUACUUACAUUAGGGUACAUUAGGCUAAUGUCGAACACAGGAUUUGAGGAAACGUUUGGCUUCAACAACCUGUAUUCCCUCGACCUACUUCUGCAUCUGUGCAAAGCAGAAUAGAGUCCAGUUAUGUUUAUUUGCAGUUUCUAUAAUGCUGCAUAUCCUGCUCUUGUAUAACAUUUUGUACUUUUUAAAAGAUUUGAAACAUGUACUUUGUUUAUUUUCCCUUUAUGGUUCACUUUUGAUCGAAUUAAAGAUUAUUUCAAAAGAC